UCAGUUGGCUGCUGAUCGUGGUGUGGAGUGAAGGUGCGCUCGCCGAUCUCGCGAAAUUCCUGUGAUCACCUUUCUUGUGUUGGUGGGACUUACCUGUGACAAAGUGGUGUGGUGGACGCAGAAGGAGCGCAGGAGCACCGCCAAUGAGCCAUUUGUGGUGCGAUUAGGGGCCUUAAAGAUGCGUUUCAGCGCCACAAUUGGGGCGCUCGUCGUUUUCGUGUUGCUACCAACAGUCUCCAUAGCAGCGCUUGUGGAACCACCGGAGGCAUUCUUCAAUGGGUCGGCUUACUUGAGACUGCUCACGCCGAUGCCACUCUGGGGACAUUCAGCAAUUAACUUCCGAACAUGUCGAGGCAGUGAAAUCUUUUCACAGCGCUAUGCGCAGCACACUCUGCGGCUGGCCGUGCAUCCACACUCGGUCACUGUGUCCCUGGCCACGCCGGAGAAGAAUAACACCAUCGUGGAGUUCGACGGGCUGCCAGGACUCUUCGACAACCGCUGGCACACCAUCGAAUUUCUCUACCAGCUGGGCACUCUCAAUUUGAUCGUGGACCGGCAAUCAAUGGUCAUUGCCAAUUCAACGCAUAACACUGAGUUUCUCACGGACAAUGAGGUGAAGAAUGAGGCAGCUGUUCUGAUCCUGGGCAGUAAUUAUUCAGGAUGUUUGCUGCAUGGGCCUGGAUUGGUGUUCAACAUUUCCACCAUUCACUCGGUGGGCGCUCUCUUGGGCGAAUGUCCAAUGCCCAGCGGUCCCUGCAGUGCUGUCUUGGAUGACAUCGUGCACAGUUCGGUGGUGAAUCACUGCGAACACGAUCCGUGCAUGCAGCAUGGAAACUGUAUCAAUCGUCCGGAGGAUUACGAGUGCCACUGCACAGCGCGGUAUAUUGGAAAGAACUGCGAAGUGGACGCCGGUCCGCCGUGCCAGGGUGAACCGUGCAUCAACGGCGGAACGUGCCUGGAAGAUUCUCGUGGCGAUUUCCAGUGCUUCUGCGCGGCCGGCUUCACAGGAUCUCGCUGCGAGACAGAGCUGAGUGUGCAUCCGCUGUGCGAGAACAAUCCCUGUCACAAUAAUGGUACCUGCCGAGUGCUGGGCAAUGGCAAGACGUUCGACUGUGAGUGUCUAGAUGGGUUUUCAGGAACAGUGUGCGAAUUCGAUCGAGAUGACUGCGAAUCCGAGCCGUGCCAGAACUUGGGAACCUGCGUAGAUGAAAUCGGAGGCUUUACGUGCAAAUGUGACGGCACUGGAUACACAGGAAAUGUUUGUGAGAUCAACAUCAAUGAGUGCAAACAGAGAAAUCCUUGCCUGAACGGUGGGAAUUGCUUCGACACAUUUGGUUCGUUUAUUUGUGAAUGUAAGCCUGGAUUUGGAGGUCCCACUUGUGAUGUCAUCAUAAAUGAGUGCCAAUCUCAGCCAUGUCGCAAUGGAGGCGCAUGCAUUUCCACCAAGAGUGGCUUUACGUGCUCCUGCUUGGCCGGCUACUCAGGGAUUAUGUGUGAGAUCGCUCCGCCGUGUCCGCAGUGUCCCAGCGAUUCGGAUUGCAUUGGCGGGAAGUGUGUUUGCAAGCAAGGAACAACUGGCACUGUAGGCUAUUGUAGCCCUAAGCCGAAUCAAAAAUCUGCUAAAAGUAAUGCAUGCACUUGCCUCAAUGGGGCCACUUGUGUUGGGACAGCUUCGAAUAUUUCGUGUAUCUGUGCUGCUGGCUUUACAGGUCCUCGCUGCGAGACUCCCAUCGCUCUGGCGUUCUCGGAUGAGUGUUCAUGUCUCAAUGGUGGAACUUGUGGCUUCAACUACACGGAUUGCGUGUGUCCGCCAGGCUUCGAGGGCAGUCGAUGUGAGAGAUCGGUGGCUUGUAAUGGGAGCAAUUGUCCAGAAGUUACUCCAUGCGCCUCUCAGCCGUGUCUCAACGGUGGCUCUUGUUAUGGCUCAGGAAGCGAUAUCUACUGCAAGUGCUCUAGUGGAUACAAUGGAACUCGCUGUGAGAAUGACGUGAAUGAGUGUGAGAAGGCUGACAUCUGUAGUCACGGGAUCUGCGUUAAUUUGCCUGGUUCCUUCAAGUGCUACUGCGAGCCUGGAUACACGGGUGCGGUGUGCGAUCUCGACGUCGAUGAGUGUCUAAGUCAUCCGUGCAAGAACAACGCUGUGUGUCUGAACCUCGUGAAUGACUACAAGUGCGAAUGUCCAGCUGGAUACACAGACAAGGAUUGCUCAACGAAUAUUGACGAGUGUGCAGACAAUCCAUGCUCAAAGGGAUCCACAUGUCUCGAUGAGAUUGCCAACUUUACGUGCGUCUGCAUUCCGGGAAUGACGGGACGAUUGUGUGAGAUUGACAUCGAUGAUUGUGAAUCGCAACCGUGUCUCCACGACGGGCGGUGCAUUGAUUUGCUGGGCGGUUAUCACUGCGACUGCAAGGGAACUGGAUACACAGGUGAUCAAUGUCAGAUGAACAUUGAUGAGUGCGAGACGAAUCCCUGCCAGAAUGGAGCGAAGUGCAACGAUGAGGUCAAUGAUUACACUUGUGAGUGUUAUGCUGGCUACACAGGAAAGAACUGCGAAGUGGAUAUUGAUGAGUGUGAGGUGAAACCUUGCCAAUACAAUGGCACUUGCUAUGAGAGAUCAGACAGAUCACUGUACGAACUGUCGGAGAGUCAGAAAUAUCAUCUUCCCAAGAUCUUCUCCAAUCCCUUCGCAUAUGAAAACGCUAGUGGAUACGAGUGCGUUUGUGUGCAAGGGAUUAUUGGCAGAAACUGUGAAAUAAACAUCAAUGAGUGCGAGAGCAAUCCUUGCUCGAAGUACGGCAAUUGCGUUGACGAAGUUGGGACGUAUUCUUGUGAGUGUGAGCCAGGAUUUGAGGGCAAGCACUGCGAGAUCAACAUCGACGAGUGCGAGAAGUACAAACCGUGCGUCCACGGAACUUGCAUGGAUGGCAGAGACAAUUACAUCUGUGACUGUGAUCCUCAGUGGGGCGGAAAGAAUUGCAGCGUUGGUCUCAUUGGAUGCAUAACUCAACCGUGUUUGAAUGAUGGCAUCUGCAUUCCUUAUUUGGAAAAUGAGACUCUGCACAAGUUCAACUGCUCUUGCCGAUCGGGUUUCCAAGGAUCAACAUGCGAGAAGAUCACAACAAUGUCUCUCGUCGCCAGUAGUUUGAUCACCGUCAACACAUCGAGAGAUGAAGGGUAUGAGAUACAGCUGAGAUUCCGCACGACCUUGCCAAAUGGCAUUCUGGCGUUUGGGAAUGGGAACACGUACAGUUACAUCCUGGAAUUGGUGAAUGGACGACUGAAUCUCCACUCGUCACUGCUCAAUAAGUGGGAAGGCGUCUUUAUUGGAUCCGGCUUGAAUGAUAGCAAGUGGCAGAAGGUCUUUGUGGCCAUCAAUUCUUCCCAUUUGGUUCUGUCGGCCAAUGAAGAGCAGACAAUCUACCCGAUAAAUUCGUAUGAGGGUACAAAUGCCAGUCACACGAGCUUCCCAACGACAGAUUUGGGUGGAACCAUUCCUAAUCUCAACUCCUAUUUGCGGCACUUGACUCACACUCCCUCUAGUUUUGUGGGGUGCAUGGAAGAUGUGGUGAUCAAUGGACAGUGGGUAUUUCCGUUCGAUCCGGACAACAAGACCAUGCGACUGGUGAAUGUUGCCCAAGGAUGCCCGAGAACUGAGCAAUGCAAGCCGAAUCCGUGCAAUUCCAAUGGUCUGUGCUCGGAUUUGUGGCACACAUUCUCAUGCUCCUGCACGCGUCCUCAUCUCGGACACACGUGCAAGUUUAACAUCACCGCAGCGACUUUCGGUCAUGAGAACACCACACAGUCAGCAGCGAUUGUGGAAGUUGCUGAGCGACCGAGGAGAUCAGUGAGAACCAUUGUCGAUAUUUCCAUGUUCAUCAAGACUCGCCAGCCGACUGGACAGAUCUUCUACUUGGGCAGUGAUGAUAGCAAGAUCCCUUCGAACAGGGACAUUGGGGACUCUUACGUGUCGGCUAAACUCCUGGGCGGAGAGCUUCACGUGCAGAUUCUCUUCAAUGGUACUCCCGAAGCCUACACAGUUGGCGGGAAUAAGCUGGACAACGGCAAUACGCACUUGAUACAGGUCAUUAGGAAUUUAACUCUGGUACAGGUGAAGCUGAACGGCACAGAGUACUUCAGGAAGACUCUCUCUUCCACUGGGAUUCUCGAUGCUCAAGUGCUCUAUCUCGGCGGACCGCCGCCAUAUGCGAAUUUCUCAACGGAAAGCAACUACUUCAAAGGAAUCAUUCAAGAUGUUCAAGUGACUAAUGGAUCACAAGUUAUGAUUGUGGAAUUGUAUCCUCUGAACGAGGUUAAUCUGGAUCUUCCGCCGCCUUUUGGAGAGGUCUUAAUUGAUCGCUCUUCGAUCCUCAAAGGGGAGGUUUCUGAUGAUCUCUGCCGGAUGUCGCCGUGUCACUUUGAAGCCUCUUGUCGCAACACAUGGAAUGACUUCGUGUGCAUCUGUCCGCGAGGAUACAAAGGAAAGUACUGCCAAGACAUUGAGUUCUGCGAACUGCACAAGUGUCCAGGAAAUGCCACGUGCCAGAAUCUUGAUGAUGGAUUUGAGUGCAUCACAAAUAUGACAUUCCAGGGUAACGAAGGUAGUCCAAUGGCAUUUGAAUUCCUGCCCAAGGAUCCCGAUAUGCCUGAUGACUACCAGCAAACCAGUAUUCAACUCUCGUACAGAAGUAAAACCGGCGGAACGUUGUUGUAUGUCCAGGACAAGGAUAUGUAUUUCGAAAUUGCUGUGUUCAAUGAUCAAGUAACUGUCCAGUGGAGAUUAUCGUCAGAUCUGCCGGAAACUAAGCGCUUCCACAAGGAAGUUGCGGACUAUGAUUGGAGCACAAUCUUCAUCAGAGUUCAGGAUGGUAGUCUGGAGGGUGGUUGGAAGGGAUGGGAAAACAUGCCUGAUCCCAAUCCUCUUAUUUUCGCCACUGUGGAUCAGAACGCCUUGUUGCAUCUCUUCAGUGGAAAAUUCCUCAUUCACUUGGGCGGUGUGCCGCCAAAUGUGGACAACAGUAUUCCCAGAGGACCAGCAAACAAUGGAGCGAAGUUCAAGGGAUGCUUGGGUGAAGUGAGAGUUAAUGAUCUCCUGCUGCCGUAUUUCCCUGACAUUGAAGUGUACAAGGGAAAGAUGGAGCCUCGUUCGCACUACGCUCUGAACUCCACCAAACCGACGGAGGGCUGCAUUUUGUGCUUCCAGCACGAUUGUGACAACGGCGGAAAGUGCAUGAAUCCCUCUGAUCAGUACGCUUGCGAAUGUCCUUUGGGAUACAGUGGAGAUGAUUGCUCACUCAAUAUCGAUGAGUGUUUGACGGCUGAGUGCACGAACAAUUCCACUUGCAGUGACGGAAUUGCCAAUUACACCUGCAAUUGCAUGCCAGGAUUUGAGGGACGACACUGUGAGCUGGACAUUGAUGAGUGUCAGUCUGAUCCUUGCCACAAUGGCGGUACUUGCACAAAUCUCCUCGCAAACUACAGUUGUUCCUGCACAGAAGACUACGCUGGGACGCAGUGUGACGUUCUGCGUCUUGUGACAUGUGAGAAUUAUCCCUGCAGGAACGGAUCGAGCUGCAUAGAUGGAUACAAUGGCUUGACAGGCAAUAACUUCACGUGCAACUGCUUGGAAGGAUUUGAAGGGCCGCUUUGCGACACUGCUUUCUGCAUGGUAGAACCCUGUAGGAACGAAGGAUUCUGCUUCUCUGAGCCGCCGUUGCCGCCAAUUUGUCAGUGCAGCUUGGGAUUCGGUGGAAGACUCUGUGAGAUCAACAUUGACGAGUGCGCCUCGCAUCCGUGCCAGAACGGUGGCAUUUGCACGGAUGCCAUUGGGGAGUACCGAUGCAAUUGCACAGGAACUGGAUUCGAUGGAGUGCAUUGCGAUCAUGACAUUGACGAGUGCGCGACUGAGAGAAUCACUUGUGGCGGAAGAGGAAUGUGUCUCAACACUCGAGGAUCCUUCAAAUGCAACUGCCAAAUGGGACUCUGCGGAAGAUUCUGCGACUCACCCGAUCCGUGUUUGGAGGAGGGAAUCUGUCACAAUGGUGGAGUUUGCAUAGAGAACUGCGACGUGGAGCCUGGAUACACUUGCAAUUGCACUGAAGGCUUCACUGGGAGGAAUUGUUCGGAAAUCGCGACACCACUCGAGGGCGGCUACGCGCCUACGGACAUCGCGAUAAUCGUGGUGCCGAUCGUUGUGGGGCUGCUGGCGCUCGGCGGCGGCCUUCUGGCGGCUUUCCUGGUGAUGGCGCGCAACAAGAGGGCCACGAGAGGCACCUACAGUCCCUCGGCGCAGGAGUACUGCAACCCGCGUCUCGAGAUGGACAAUGUGCUCAAGCCGCCGCCCGAAGAGAGGCUGAUCUGAGUUAUCAUCACAUUCCGCCUGCUCAGCGCAUUCCACGCAUGCAAGACGAUUCACACAUACACACGACUAAAUGCGGGUUUUCCCUCUAUAUUUUUAUACAUAACGAUUUACUAGAAUGAGAACCUAUUUAUUCGAACGCGUAGUUGGAGAAAAAAAAAAUGUGACGUGUUGCCUUGAAUGAAUUUAUGUGAUAUAAAUAACGAUAAAUUAAGACAAUACAAGAGGAGGAUUCUUUUAAAUAUAGACACAGAAGGCGGGAAACAUUCUUAAAUUCUCUCUAAGUAAUUUUACAAAUGCUAGAAUUAAUGAGAUGAAGAGCUUAGGUGAUAGAAGUGCGAGAUGAUGAGGAAGGAAUUAGGCUAAAUUGGUACUUAAAUGAGAAUAUCAAGUGAAAAAUGCAAUUGUACAAAAGAAUUUUGGUACUGAUUGAUAUCUUUACGUCAGUAUUUUUAAUUAUUUCACAAAUUCGCACGGAGUUUCCACCUCAGAAUCAGUUUUAAUGGUUUUAAUGGUGAGAGAAGCUCUUCUCGAAUGAGAACUGCGAAUUUUUACAAGUAAUUUAAAUAAUUGUAAUUAAUCAGACAGCUUCACAAUCAAACUUUUAUUAGUUAAUUGUCUUUGCGUUUGGAUAGAUUGAAUAUAUAAGAUUGCGAAUGGUGCGGCAUAACAUUGAGAAGAUUAUAUGAAGAUAUUGCAAUGAAAUUUGAGGAAAUACUCGUGAAAAGCCUCAACCGUCCUUUUGAUAACGACAAGAACUCACAAAGUAGUAUGAAAAGUUGCCUUAAAAGUGCCGUCCUGAAUGAUAAAAACAUCCUUUUUGUACUUAAAUCGUUAAUUAAGACGCUAUACAAAGUGUAAAUAUUAAGGAUUCGAGAUUUCCGCACCGAGUUAGAACCAGUAAUUGAGGAGAAUCCAUCAAUUUGCAAAAAAUACCACGAGAACCAAAGGGAAAAUUUGACUUCGAGAUGGUGUUCAAUGACGACUGUUUAAACUUAAGCCUCACAAUGUAAUUUUCCCAUGAAAUAAAAGUGGAUUUCUUCAACACAAAAGAA